GGAGACGUUUGAAGGAAAACCGUAGUUUCCAGCGAGAAGGCGUUUGGGUUGAUGUUGUCGGUGAGGGAAGAAGGAAGGGUGGGAUGUAGUGUUUAAGGAAGCCUUGGAGUCAGGGAUUGUGGGUUUAUUUUGUGGGAGACAGGGAGUAUUCGGAUCCUGCAAGUCCAACCAGUGAUUUGUAUGUGUUGUAAGCCUGAUCCCUCCAACUUGUUGGCUCAAGUUUGUAGCUUUAGAGUAAUUGAUUGCCCCUAUGUGAAGGUGGGAUGUCAAGCGACACUUACGUUAAGGAUAUCAAAGCUGGUUUAAAAAAUCUCAACCUUCUCUUCAUUGUCCUGGAGAUAGGUCGAGUGACAAAAACAAAGGAUGGGCACGAAGUCAGGACGUGCAAAGUCGCUGAUAAAACCGGCAGCAUCAAUAUAUCUGUUUGGGAUGAUGUGGGAAGUCUGAUUCAGGCUGGAGACAUUAUCCGACUGACCAGAGGAUAUGCUUCAAUCUGGAAAGGAUGCCUGACACUUUACACAGGGAGAGGAGGUGACCUUCAGAAAGUAGGAGAAUUUUGUAUGCAGUAUUCAGAAGUGCCGAAUUUCAGCGACCCAAAUCCUGAGUACAUGGCUCAACCGCUGUCACAGAACAAACUGACUCCAUCUGAACAAAGUUCUUCAACAGCUAGUCCAGCGCCUUCAACUCCCUGUGUUAGUACCGGUAAUGAGAAUCUGAACACUGCUGUCACAACUGGAGCUUCCCCAGGCAACUCGAAUCACCAGCCGCCAGCGGGAGCAGCAGCUGGAAGAGGCAAUGGACGUGGCCCAGGAAAUAACCAGGCAGUGGCCACAUCCACCUCCACCCCAGCAACCACCACUCUUAGCAAUGGAAGAGAUCCACGGCGGGUACCAAAACGCUGAUUUUUGUUCUUGGAACCUCUGACCUUUUCUUUUGCUCUCUUUUUGAUAAUCUGUCAACUGUAUAAAAAUGGUAUUCUUUUAGCAAAGUAUAUCAAACCCUUCUCCCUAGGCUCCUCAAAAAUGAACACCUCAAGACACUGGAUGCAUGACAGGCAGCAAGGUGACGUAGUCUGCCACUCCUCUCCCCUACCAAAUGGUCUUGUUUAGAGAGAUCCAGUGUGGAAACAGGCCCUUCAUCGGGUCGCACUGACCAUCACCCACAUUUUUUUAAUAUACAAAUCCUAUCAUAACCCGUUUUACGCUCCUUAUAUUUCCAUCCCAUUGUUUAACUGCACAUGAAUAAUUUUUAUUCUUUUAAAAUACUUUCAAUGGGGGUAGAGCAUCUGACAAUUUAAAGCUAUUUAGAUCAAAUUGAUGAGAUAAAGCUUUUGUGAGGGUUGAUGGCUGAUCUUAAAACCAAUUACCAAUGGUCACUGUAUUGUGGACAAAUGUCUUCCUCCUUCUAUUUGUGUGUAUGUCCUCUUCUAGUGAUCCCAAGCUUUAACUGGUGACUAACAUGGAUUAAUAGGAAUGCAGAAGGCCCAGUAUUAGAUAGAGUGAAUUUGCCAUUACUCAGAGAUUUAAAAAGGUAGAGUUUUUAGUUGAUCUGAACAUGUUGUCUAUGCCAGGGUGAUUUAGCCCAACAACCAACUGAGACCAAAAUAAUACAGUGCAGUCUCACCAGGGCCCCUGCUGUAGGGCAAUUUUCCUCCUAUUCUCCAAUCUUCUUGUAAAAAAUAUCAAAAAAAAACAUUUACCUUACUAAGUCGCUCAUUUCACAUGCAUGCUAAUUAUUGAAUUGUGUACAAGGAUAUCUGAUCCUUUGGAGGUCAACAAUACAUAUCUCGCUGUUUCAAGAUAAUACUCUGAUUUUCUGUUUUGUGCUCCCAUGUGGACAACCUUGCACUUUUUCACAUUAUCUUACAUCUCCCAUAUUUCUGCCCAUUUACUCAUCUAACUUAUCCUUUUCCUCUUGAAGCUUCUUUAUGUCCUUCCUCCCUCAUCACAAUCCCAAAUAGUUUAGUAUUGUCAGCAAACUGGGAAUUGUGACACUUAGUUAUUUCAGAUAAAUUAUCAUUGCUGAGGCCAGAGUACUGAUUUCUGCAGUGCCCAAGUACAGUCACAAACAAUCCUUUUAUCCGAACUCUGUUUGCUGUUUGAUAAAUAAUUUCCAAUUCAUGCCAUUGUAUAACCCCCAAUUCCAUUUGCUCUGACCUAUCACCAACCUGUGAAAGCCUAAAAAUCUGAAUACAGUGGAUUCUGGUUAAUUGGGAUACAUCAGGACCAGUACAUUUUGGUUCAAUUAAGCACCUGCCCCUGUUAGCUGAAGUUUUGUGGAAAUAGUUAAAAAGGUAUAAAAGAGACAAGCUGAGGAACAAAUAAUGUAUUUAAAUAAAAUACAAAACCAAUACUACUACAAUACUAUAAAACUGUGUAUUCAUUCCUAGUAGUUAUUGACAGAGGAAUUCAUCCGUGUUAAAUUUGUUUGAUUGACUGUAAAUGAACAACAUCAGCACAGACACCUAGUGGAGGUAAUGGGACUGCCUUCAUACAAUGCUGUUGAUGAUUACAUCCUCCAAAUUUUCAUUUUUAUUGUAGCAUUCAGGAUGAUUAUCGAUACCUUCAAAUUCUUCAUAGUUUCUAACUUUUUGAAGUAGUGAAAUUGUUGCAUUUUUCACUCUGGCUGAUAGUAGCAACUCCAAGCCUGAGUGCUUGAAACUGCAGUGAGUAAAACAAUUCUGGUUUGUCUUAUUGCUUACUUCUUGCCAACUAUCAGUGACAAAAGUUACUGCUUUUUUAACACAAGCACAUGCAAUUGAUGCUAUAUAAAAACUGUUCACUUGGGGGUACAGUGUUGUGUCUAACGGCCACACAAGUUCACAUGACUGAUACUAGUUAGAAACUGUUUGGCAUUGGCCUCUUGUUGCCGUUAAGUGGCAUAGUAUCCCAAAUAAACAAAUUAAAUCUAGACUAUUUACUCCAUUAGCUUUUGUUCUUUCAGAGUUGUCCCGAAAAAGAGACUGCUCCAAUUAACCAAUGGCCCAAUUAACCAGUAUCUACUGUACAGGCAAUCCCCACGUUAUAGCUGUUUGGGUUAUGGAAACUCAUCCUUGUUGAAGUUCACAAAUCAUUACCUGAAAAUUUGGGAUAUGGGAUAAAAUUUACUCUUGUGGAGUUUGUGUGUGUGUAUGGGGGGGGGGGGGGGGUUUGUUUAGAGAAGUCAAUAAGUACAACAUUUUUUUCCACACUUGUGGUUCGUGAUGCGUGCACAGAUGAUGCAGCUUUGUGUUAUGGAAAAUAGUAAAAAAAAAUGUCUUCUCGAAAUAGUGCAUUCUCAUCCCUCCUAACACAGGAGAUACCUAUACACCACAUCUUCUGGUUCCCUUCCCAUCCCCCACCCCACCCCUGUUACCUUUU